GGUCGCUGCGUGCUGCGUUCCCCAGAGUGGCUGCGAUGUCUGGGCGCGGGAAGCAGGGCGGGAAGGCGCGGGCCAAGGCCAAGUCGCGCUCGUCGCGGGCCGGGCUGCAGUUCCCCGUGGGCCGCGUGCACCGGCUGCUGCGCAAGGGCAACUACGCGGAGCGGGUGGGCGCCGGCGCCCCGGUGUACCUGGCGGCCGUGCUGGAGUACCUGACAGCCGAGAUCCUGGAGCUGGCGGGCAACGCGGCCCGCGACAACAAGAAGACGCGCAUCAUCCCCCGCCACCUGCAGCUGGCCAUCCGCAACGACGAGGAGCUCAACAAGCUGCUGGGCAAGGUCACCAUCGCGCAGGGCGGGGUGCUGCCCAACAUCCAGGCCGUGCUGCUGCCCAAGAAGACCGACAGCCACAAGGCCAAGGCUAAGUGAACAACGAGAAUAGUGCCCAGGGAAGUCCUUCUCAUUGAAACCCAAAGGCUCUUUUCAGAGCCACCCACAAAAUUUGUAAAAGAGCUAGAUUGCUUUUUUUUUUUUUAAGUGUUAUUUACGAAAAGAAAUACCAAUUUCUAA